CACUUUGCCAAAGUUUGCUGGAGGCUAGUAUAGAACUUGUUCCCUUCAGUGCAGUUUGGGCGGUAAGGGUUGGCUCGGCAGUGACGCUGAAAGCUCGGAACUACAUUAGUCGGGAGUUCAGUGAGAUUAACUCAGUUAGAGGCGGCUUCUCAAAUUGUCAGAGACUUUCAUUCGCUUAAAUGAAGACGCCAAGUUUCAGUCUGAAGUUUCUUUUGGCAAUGGGAUUGCCUUUUGUCCUCCUGGCAAUGUCUUCAACAAGGGUGCCAGAAAGCUUAAUUGACGAUGAACUAGACGGGUCUGGUGCAGAGACUGAAGAUGAUGACUUUUAUUCUGGCUCUGGGUCUGGUGAUGGCUUUAUUCUGAACAAUUUUGAUGUGGAGCUUACAACGACUUAUCACACACUUCCUUCAACAGCUUCAAGUGAUUCACCUUCAUCAAGUCAAGUUGCCUUGACAAGCAAAAUGACCACAGAAGCAGAUGCAAAUAUUUUACCAGAGCAUCAUGACUUGCCAGUGGAUGAUACAACCACUGAAGCCACAGUGACAAGUAGUAAAUCUACCACUUUUAUUCCACAAGACACUGAUACUCACCUUGUUCCUAAAAACAACACUAAAUAUUUUCUGGCACGUGGAGUCGGACCCAAAAAUGACAAUGCUGAAGUGAGCAGUGCCAAGCCUACUGUUCACACCGUGCUCCCAGAAAAUGCAGUUUCUCCUCUCAAUGACAAAUCCUUAGCUGACUCAAAGAUGGUUGCAACAAGUGAAAUGAUGAUGGUGGUGGAUGAAAAUGCUGAUCAAAUUGGAAAGGAAGUGGCGGUCGAGACAGUUGUCGAAAAGGAAAAGAACAGUACAGACAUCGAGAGUGAUUUGUACUUCCCAGAUUUAGUAGAAAGUAGAACUUCUCUGAAUCAAAACCGUGUUCCAGAUUCAAAAACAUCAGUUGAGCCACCGCAGGAGAGAUAUUCUCAUGAAGCCAGUGCAUCUGGGAGUUUCCUGGAAAGAAGGGAAUUAUUGGCAGCAACGGUUGCUUCAGGAUUUGUGGGACUUGUACUUGCUGUCCUACUCGUGGCAGUGCUCGUGUAUCGAAUGAAGAAAAAAGAUGAAGGAAGUUAUACACUGGAUGAAUCCAAGCAGCUACCUAAUGGAGGCUACCAGAAACCACAAAAGCAAGAGGAGUUCUAUGCAUAAAUGCUUUUUUCAAAAAAGUCAUCUAUCAAUCUUUUAUGCAAAAUGAACACUUUUUUUUUCUCUUGCCUGGGUUAGAAAGUGAAUCUGAAAAAAGAAAUGCCAGUCUGACCCCUAUUGCCAUGCCAUGAUGAUUGUAUUUUUGACAGUUCUGAUAUCGACAGAGAGAGCAUGUUUGUCUUGCAAUGAGAUGUCUUGCCAUUUGGCUUCAUGGGUGAGGAGACUUGGUUAAAUUUUCACUGCAAUUUUUAAGUUGUAGAGUAUAACUGACUUCUGGAACAGUGGUGUAAAAUAGCCUGGCUUUUCUUAAAAAAAACUAGAAAAAGAAACCCAACUGGGAAUGCACAAAACCAUAUUGUAAAGCCACAAACUGCCUAAAUUUGUAAAUUUCGCUAUUGUAGUAAAAGUAUCAACCAAAUGGGUGGGAUAAAAGAUGAUAAAAGAUCAUUGUACUAUUGUGAUUUCAAGAUGUACAGAAGUUAACCAUAAGUCCCUAAUAAGAUAGGUUUACAGUAGAGAUUUCCAAUGAUCUUGGUCACGCAUUGUUCUUAGUUGUGUGUUGUAGUUUAUUGAAAAAAGAUGCAUUUAACUUUUUAAAUAGAUUAAUUAAGUUCAAGCAUUCCUUCAGCUUAAUUUGAAUUGAAGGACUAAUUAGUGAAAUGUUGUCCAUUCUAAAUACAGUAAACUUUGCAUUAUCUGGCCCUCCACCAUUCCAUUCUCCAUAAUUUCUGACAGCUUCAUGUUUUAAAAAGUCAAUCAAUGUUCAGGUAAUGCAUUCUUAAGGAACGACUAGUAAUAUUACAACUACAGUAAUUAUAAACCUAAAGAAAUUGUUCUUAGUCUUUACAUUAAAAUUAUGAAUUUUUUGGAGUUAGUUUUGGUUAUUGACCAUAUGGAGUAACUGAUGGUUAGACUGAUUUCUUUGUAAUAGCUGGUCUGAAUGUCAUGCUGUCAGUUCAGGUAUUACCACUGUGAGGCACUGCUGUGCCACUAGCCACCAAGCCCCCAACCCCCACUGCCAACAGCCACCCUUCUUCCCCACCCUUCCCUCAAUCCUUCAUUGACAACUUAGCACCUUGCCCUCUGCCUGAAUUAACGUGACUCCCCGUUAGCCAACAUUUUCUAUUAAAUGGCACCAACCAUUCCCCAGGGGUGCCAGGUAACGAUUAUUUUACUGUAGUUUAAUUGAUCAAAGUGGGAGGGCAGUACUAGUUGAAUGCUGUUUUGUGAGUUAAUUAUAUUGUCGGUCCUGGAACUUUCACCUAAUUCCUGCAGUUGAUACUGCAGCCAGUCAUUGGAGUAUCUGGCCUAUUCUUUCAAAGAGCUGGCCCUCUGAGUUUAUUUAAAACUAACUGGGGGGGUGGGAUAUCUAUGGUCCCACACUGGGGGUUGGAGGCCGAAACAAAUAUAAAAUGUGAUUUUGCUGCUCUCUACUUGGCUGCCCUGACCUGGCUCCUAGUUUUCAGGUGGCAAUGAAGUUGAGAAGCAACUCUCCUGCACUUGGACCUGAUGAAUGGCCAGUAAGUGGCUCACCUCAUCCUUGCUGCUAUACCACCUGCAGCAGAGGAGGUCCAUGCCAAGUGGAUAGCCUGGCAGUUAUUGCAGGGUAAGACCGGGGCAACUCCUUUCGGGUCCCCAGUAUCAAUUGGAUGCACAACCCUGAAGAUCAUUGCCCUAAAUCAAUCCCAAACGUCUUGAAAUCCUCACCCCACCCUCUCACUGUCACCUCCCUCCCCCACCUUAACUGGGUUCUGCCAGUCAAACCCUGCCGAUAACGUGGAUGUACUUGAAGUCUCAUCCAUUAGCUCCUCUUCCUCAGGGACUGCCUGUAGUUCCAAAAAUGGCCAUUAUCUGGAGCUGGCACUGUUGGGAUUGUUUGGGCAAUUGGAUUGGGCUGUCAGCCUUCUUGGGAUAGGACAUGCUCCCCAGGUUGAUGUGACGUCUCACCUUUAGCCAGUUACCAUGCUGCUUUGGGGCAGCCAGUAUCACUGGGGAUACAAGUUCCACCACAUUUCAGGUGAUUGACAGGAGGUCCCACCAUCUGAACCAACCUGCCCUCAGUACAGUUCAGUGUUCCUCCACCCCAAUUUUCUUUUUGCACAGAUGAGUAUUUUUGUUCUUCUUGAUCUUCAGUUGUGUUGAUCAUCUAAUUUAAAUGAUUGAAAUUGAAAUUUUUCAGGCAUACUUCUGUUUUCUCACUGCAUGCAUACCACAAGUUCUCCAUCUAAUCUAUCCAAAAUGUUUAGGUUGAGACACUAUAAGGUCGACAUAUGAAAUAGAGUCACCAGCUGAAGUUCAAAUGAAAUGUCUCGCAACUUUUGUAGAAAUGCGUUGUGUGAAAAACUGAGCUGAGAUUAGAUCCAGCAGUCAAUGAUAUGGUUCUUUAUCAGCUGCUGCACAGUUCCUAACUUCUGCAUUUCUGAUUUAUAUUUCUGACAAUUUAACAACUUACAGCUGUUAUAAAUUUAUGAACAAAUGGGUGUAUAAAGGAGACAACUGUAUCUGCCUCUCAUUGUUUUUGAAUCACUGCCAUUUUCAAGAGUUGGGUAAAAAGAAUUCUGUAAAGUUGAACUGUAAUCACAAUUUCAUGUCUCAGCAGUUGAAGAUCUGCAUUUUUGAAAGUUAACAAAGAAUAAACCAAAUAUAAUUAUUUUUGUAUGAUAGAACUUGUCAUUAAUCUUUGUUUAGGACCAUUUAUGACUAGCAAAAUGGCUAGAUGUCAAAAGAUUUGGUUAAAUGGUGUUUGUGACUUUGUGACUCUUA